AUGGGGAGACAAAAAAAAGUCAACCCAAGAAGACCCCAAACGGUCAUUGAGGCUACUAUCCGCUUGAUACACAUCCCAACCACACUCUCGGGUGGUGAAUUCCAACAUAUCGCGGGAGCAACUUUCUCAGCCUCUGGCAUCAAACAACUUUUCGAGCCGGGAGUAGAAGCAGAUCUAAUCAUUCAAGAUCCGAAUCUAUGCAAAACGACCCCUUCUUCACUCUGGAUAGGCUCUGGGGUCAGAUCUCUCGAUCACUGUAUCGAAGCAAUAUGCUCAUUACAUAGGACUGAUGCUGGAAAUCGGACCGCCAAGAUAGGCUUGGAGAUUUUACUUCCUGGCCUGCUUACAUGCAAGCAUGAGCCCGAGAAUGCUGAGGCUCGAUCCCUUUGUCAACAGGGUAUAGUUCAUGCUGUUUCUGCCAUGCGCAGCGGUAUUCCUCUUGGAGCAAGUCAUGCCAUUGGAUAUCAACUAGGUCCACUCGGUGUCGGCCACGGUGAGACUAGCUGCGUACUACUUCCAGCAGUAUGCAAGUUCAAUGCGGCCCAUAAAGUCAAUCUGAAGCAACAGGAAGAAUGCUUAGAAAUUCUUUGUCGAGAACAAAAGGUCAGCGAGCUUCUGCAAGCUCAUGGAACUUUGAACCCGGACCUGGGAGAUGUCUUGGAUUUAAUUAUCCGAGAAUUGGGCAUGCCGCGGUCUCUUCGGGAGGUGAAUGUGAGCCGGGAAAAGUUCGACAAGCUUGCCGAGAAUACACUCCAUGAUCCCUGGGCAAAGACGAACCCUUUCCCUCUGACUACCAAGGCCCAAGUGCUGGAGAUUUUGUCCAUGGUAGCAUAG